AUGAAUCUUAACCUGUCGGGCACUCUCAACGUCUUCAAACUCCUGUCCAAGCCAUCGUUAUGUCUUCCUCACGCAACCAUCGCAACUUUCGAUGAUUUGCCUGUCCCUCUCAACAAGGCCUUUGCUGGAAGCGGCAGGCAGGUCGACAUCAGGGCCGUGGUUCUGGACAAGGAUGACUGCUUUGCAAUCCCAGACCAUCACGAAGUCCAUGACCCAUACAAGUGCCGGUUUGAGGCUCUUCGAGCAGCUUACCCGGGACGCCGGCUCCUGAUUGUGUCCAAUACUGCCGGAGCGACAAGCUACGAUCGCGAUGGAAAGCUUGCUGCUGCCGUUCAGAGGUCGACUGGGGUGGAUGUCCUCUCUCAUGCGGUAAAGAAGCCGGGCUGCGGCGACGAGAUUCUGUCGUACUUUCGACAACAUCCGGAAACCGGCGUCACGAGCCCUCACCACAUCGCCAUCGUGGGCGACCGGCUGGCGACCGACAUGAUGCUGGCCAACAUGAUGGGCAGCUGGGGCGUCUGGGUCAGAGACGGGGUCGUCCCGCUGCAGCAAAAGAGCAUUUUCUCCAGGAUUGAAAGGGGACUGGUACCCUACCUGCUCUCGCGGGGAUACUCGGCACCCGAGCCUCUCAGCCCUUUUGAAUAA